UCAAAAUACAUCUAAAUUCAAGUUAUGGAAUUGAAUGUAUUGAGCGAAUAUAAUGAAUUGGUCAGAAUUUUAAUAGAACGUAGUUUGGUAAGAUAAAUUAAAUGGUUAUGUAUGAGUUAAUACAGGUUUAUUAAUAAAUUAUUCACUAAAUUCAUUUAAUUGAAUGGAUUCUGAAUUAAUAAUUUAGUAUAGAGACUUCAAAAUAUAUUAAUCCACAAAAAAUGUCAGAUGGCAUGGAAGUCUAUAAUGAACCUAUAAAAAGGGAUGUUUCUCCACCGUCCUCUACCCCAAAAGACGAUAGUUAUUUUAAUAGAGAGAGGACUUUAGUUUUAAUAGACCUGUUUAAAAAAUAUAAACCAGCAUUAGCUAAAGGUGAUAUAAAAACAAUGAAAGAAAUGUGGGAAAUUAUCGCAAACGAGCUCACUAAUCAAUUUGGAAUCCCUAUAACUGGUGCCAAAUGUCAAAAUAAAUUUAAAGUAUUAGAAAGGGGUUACAAAAAAUUGCAAAAUGAUUAUGAAACUGGAAAACGAUUUAAAAAACAUUUCCCGUACGCGAAAGAAUUUAAAGAUCUAAAAUUGAGAAAAUAUGAAUUUGUACCAGGUCUUGUGGCACCAUAUACGAAUAUAAACAUGACCACCAAUACGGAAAAACUCGAGAGUUCAUCAACAGAAAGUGCAGCAGAAGUCGCAUACACAGAAGCAGUCUACGUAACUGACGAAAGUUACGUGCCCCAAACAACUAACAUAGAAGUUGCUCAAACGGAAUAUGUUAAUACUACAACGGAACCAAUAGAAGCAGCCGAAGUCACCGUUCACACAUCCACAAUAGAGCAGAAAGUCCCACCUACGCAAUGGUCUGAAGAUGUUUUUUUCAACCGAAAAAAGACAUUAGCCCUAAUUAGUCUAUUCAAAGAAUACGAACCCCAAGUUUCUGUGGGGACCAUAAAAACAAAAAAAGAAAUGUGGGGAACCAUAGCUGGACACAUGACAGAACAAUUUGGCGUUCCGAUUACAGGCGCCAAAUGCGAAAAUCGUUUCAAAGUGUUAGAGAGGAAUUUCAAAAACCUAGAAUUGCACAAUUCUAAACGAUUCAAAGAAGGUCUUCCGCCUAGGCGAUACGAAUUCGAGGAAGAACUUCGAGAAAUAUUUGGAGACAAAUUCAAAAAUCUGAUAGAACAGAAAACAGACAAAAUACAACCGUCGACGUCUAAUGAAACCCCUGUUGCACCAACUAUAGAUGUAAAUUCACCUCCUUUCACUAUACGUGUACUUGAAGCACAAUCUAUCCCUUUAGAAUUACCUGUACCAGAUAAAAUUGAACGGAUUUUACUUGGGAUUAAAGCUGAUCUCCAAUAUUAUCAAAAUGAAAGAUUAAAGGUUGAAUGGAGGAAAUUGGCAGUAGAAGAAGAAAAAUUGAAACUUGAAAAGAGAAAAUUAAAGUUACUUGAAGAUCAAAAACGAUCAGAAUCUUAGUUGGACUCACAAUUACAUCUUGUUUCUCGAACCUUCCAUAGGGUUAUUCAAUGACAGUUAGUGGUAGAACGUUCACGAUCAGAAUGGUAAUAUCAUGUUGUUUCUAGUGAAUUUUGGUUUUGUGAUAGCAGAAAUACGAUUUGAUUGGUACAAAAAGGUAUAAACCCACAAUGAGAUGAUUUUAGUGUGAUUUUUAUAAUAUAUUAGUGAAAAUAAAUAAUUUAUUAGUUGUGAGGCAAA